AGGCUCGGAUUGCUUCUGGAAUGCAGUGUCUCUCUUCCUCAAAGGAGUAACUUUGUUUGCAAAGUCAAGAGGUUUAUGGAACUUCGCGAGAUGAAAGACAAAUGGAAGUUGAAAGUUAGCCCCUAUGGAUACGCUCUGUUAGAUGUACCAAGCCCGUGGACACUAAUUGGUCGUGAUUUCAUAAAUCCCUUCACAAGGUUUUAUUUAGAGGGAUACCUUCAAACUGUCCUUACCACCGACUUAAGCCUUAUCGUUUACAACUAUUUGGUCAAUAAAACCACCGAUAAAGAAAUAAGCCACAAGGUCAGCUACCGGAUUUUGUCAAAGUUCUUUGAAAUGUCUGCGAUGGCUGGAGGGGUAUGACUAACUUUUUGUUUGUUUGUUUGUUUGUUUGUUUAUUGAUUACUACUACUACUACUACUACUACUACUACUACUACUACUACUACUACUACUACUACUUCUACUACUACUACAUACUACUGGCAACUAGAUACACAUAUGACUCUAUAGUUUGUUGGGUCACUCUUGUCACCCGAUUUGUAGAUUGGGCUUAUAAGGCCCUGACACCAAAUAUCUAGUAUUUUUCCACAUUGUAAAAUGAGGUUAAAAGUUUGAUGUAAACAGGCAGAAGCGAUUCAAGGCUCGAUUUGAUCAUUUCGUUUCUCAUUUGGUCAAAGAAAAGAGAUUUCUUAUUUUUCAAUUUCUUCACUGCUUGACGUAUUUCUUGCUCGCUUAUCUCAUGAUCUAAUUAGUUAAGUUUUUCUUGAUCUUUUUCUAAUGACUGUAGCUCAGUAUAGAUUUUGCCCAUUGUGCAAAUCAAAUCAAAUAGAAAAUGAAAAUAAUUUCUUGUUUCAGUGCAAUAGAUGCACUUUGCAGUGACAAAAUUUCUUAAAUCGAAUCAAAGAAAUAAUACCUGACAUUGAAAGAAAAUCAACCUACGAAAGCUUAAACCUUCUCAUGAAUUCUAAUGACCGCAGCGUAACUGAGAUAGUCAUAAAUUUAUAUCCACAUGUAUAAAUAUACGUGAUACAUUAUUGAUAUCAAAUAAAAGAGAUGUAACUAAGAAGAAUAUUCGAGUAUUAUUAGCCUUAUUUUGUUAUUAAUCGGUUUUCCUUUUGCAACACUGUAAAACGUUAUGGUCAUGCAAAUAAAGCUUAUUAUUACUACUACUACUAGUACUACUACUACUACUACUACUACUACUACUACUACUGCUACAUAUUACUACUACUACUGCUGCCAAUAUUACUACUACUACUACUGCUGAUAAUAUUACUACUACUACUGCUGCCGCUGCUGCUCCCUCCUCCCCACUACUACCACUGCUGGUACUAAUUACCACCGCUACCACUAAUAUUACUACUACUACCACUACUACUACUACUACUACUACUACCACUACUGCUGCCGCUGCUGCUGGCUGCCCUCCUCACCCUACUACUACCACUACUACUCACUCACCACCACCACUAGCACUACUUCACCAAUGUACUACCACCACCACCGCCACCAGUACCACCACCACCACCACCACCACCACUCCACCACUAGCACCACCACUCCUACCACCACCAGCACCACCACCACCAAUAUCACCACCACCACCUACCACCACUACUACCACUACCACCACCACCACCAGCACCACUUCCACUAAUAUUACUACUACCACCACUCGCCACCAGCACUACCACCACUACCACCACCACCACUACUACUUCCACUACCAGCACCACUACUCCCUACUACUACCAGUACUACUACUACUAAUAUUAAUACUACUACUACUACUACUACUACUACUACUACUACUACUACUUACUUAUACUGCUGCUGCUGCUCCUCCCACUACUACUACUACUACUACUACUACUAGUGCUAUUACUACUACUACUACUACUAGUACUCUAUCCACCUCUGUAGCUACUACUGCUACUAAGAUUUAAUGGUCAGUAUGGACGCAGAAAUUUUCUUGGUGUAAGCUAAUGGACAAAAAAAUAUACAACAGCAGCUUUAAACGAAAGCUUAGGUAAGCUAUACACAUACAUGUAUAGCAUGUGAUUUAGCUUAUGUACUGAAUCACUCGAACUGGCGACUAAGAAUUCUUCAUUCGUAGAACAAACCUCUGUGUUUUUUUCUUCAAGGUUAAUAACAGGCGGCCAUCGAAGUACGAAGCCUUUAUUGACGACAAGACUACGUGGAUAAGUGACAGGUUCUUCACUCAACAGCGUCUGGCAGGAAUCAACCCUAUGUCACUGAGACGAGUGACUCUCAAAGCUGGUAAAACUUCCUUUACGAAUGGUGUCGCUAGAAGAACAAUUACCAUCUUUCAAGUUACAGAAAAACAUUGAUAACUUUUUUUAGCCACUUUUCAACUUUGGAUCGUACUCGAUAGGUUUUUUCAAACGCUGGCUCUUUGCCGGCUCUUACACUUUCUUUCAGCAGUAAUGAUAUGGAAAGAACAAUGUAAAUAACUGUCAUCCAUCUUCUAGUGAUUAUGGGAAGAAAACUGAUAUUGAUUAUGAUUAUAUGGAUGAAAGUGAUGGUAAUGAUGAUGAUGAUGAUGAUGAUAAAGGGUAAUCAUUAUGAUGAUAAUAGUCAUAUUGAAUAUAAUGAUAAUAAUGACGAUGAUGAUGAUGAUGAUGAUGAUGAUGACGGUGGUGAUGAUGAUGAUGAUGAUAACAAUAAUAACAAGACAGGAACGAAUACAAAUAAAAAUAAGUGUGCACAUGUCCUACAUUGUUUUCUUUCAAUCAUUCCUUUAUCCUCGUCCAGGUUCAGUAGGGUUGGAUUGGGACACACUCAAUAAAACACUGAAUCCAGAAUUUGACUGACGACCUACCCAGAGAAGAAGUGGACCUUACUGACAAUGAUCCCAAGAGGAAAAGUGGGGACAUUCUAAACAGUUUUGAUACUAUUCAUUUACUAAUUUGUCUAAUUAUUUAUAAAUUUUAAUCUCUCCCAUUGCUCUGUUUGCGUCUAAGCAAGAUUCCCCAGGACAAAAACCAAUGAUCUUGUCCCUGUAGCCAUCCAAAUGGACUACACUCCAGGUUCAGUGUAUUAAAGAUUUAGGAAGUUAAUAUUUACUAAACAUUACCUUUCCGCCAUAAUCUUGUUAGCCUUGUUUCGCCGUACUUCGGAAAUCGAAUAGUUUGGGCAAUGUGAUCAUUUUAUAUUUCCUUUUUUUAAACGACUAAACUGCUGGCCAAGUAGUCAUGGGAUUAUUUCUGAGUCAGGUAAAAAUCACUUUGAGGGAAAAAAGCAGGUCAAAAUAGCCUGAAAAGAACGAAAUUAUAGGAAAGAGGAACUCAGUCAACGAAAAAAAAAAUAUCUGCUGUCUGAUUUAAACUGUCUGUUAAGUUGGGAUGAAUCACAGUAUGAAGCAUAGGUACAUAGUAAUAAAUCUAGUACCGUUUUGCAAAUAGUAAAUGAAAUAACCAGUUGGCUGAGCUAACAUCUUUUCCUCAUCAGAUUCAUCCGUAUACACUCCUGAGGAUGAUGACAACUGGAUGUUGGCCAAAUUGAAUGUCCAGGUUACAGAUCUCGGAUAUGCACAAAUUGUGGAGCAUCUUGGCAAGGUAUGUCACAACUAGAAAUUUUUAUAGGCACUCCUGGGAAUUCCACGGGUGCCUUCGAUUUAAUGCAAAAAAUAGGAUCGGAAAAGGCAAUUGUUCGAUGAAAUCCGGCUGAAUUGUGGCGUAUUGCGAAAGAAAGAGCUCGAAGCUUUUGUUGAAACUUUUUAAUUUGCUGAGCUGAGUUUGAAAUGAUGAACAAUUUACGGCAGCAAAGGGAUUGCCCGAAAUGGCGACAAGGGCAAAACAACUGAACUGCUUCACCCAGAACAUCGGGAGAAUGCAAGAGCAAUCGUUAAACGGAUCACUAGAACAGUGAGCAUUGUAAAUGUUGAGGUUUGCUCCGCUGAGAUGACCGUAGAUCGCUUUUGUGGUGAACGAGCGUACGCUCCUCACGCAAGCUUUUCAAUACUCUUUUAUCGACAUCUUCACAAAAAUAAAGCUCGUUUUUUCAGAAACGCAGACAGCUCAUGUGUUGUUUCCUUUCGCUGAUUUUUACAUUUACAGUGUAAUUACUUCGUCUGUGAUGAAUGAAGCGCCAUUUAUUAAAGAGUUCAUUAGGUCGAGAGACACUUGUUUAUUUCGCUACUCGAGUGCUGUAUUUUCAUCGGCAGUUUGACGGAAACGUUUCUUUACUUGCAAUUUACUAGCAUUUUAAACACCACUGUGAUUAAUGAUUGUCUCCACGUAGUCCAUCUUUAUUUUAGACAAAUAGCUCGUUUUCUUUUCGUUGACUUUAGGUCAAAUUCUUCAAGAUAACGCCGAAGCAAAAAUUAGUAAAAUUUACUCGCCAAUUUUCAAUCACCGUGCUCUAUUUAACAAAUAGAUUCCAAGUUGCCGAGUGUCUGUUCAGUAAUAGAUCACAGAUAACGUCAAAAUGUGGUAAGAACAAAAAAGUGGCACACGAGGCGCAGCCGAGUGUGUCACUGAUGUUCUUACCACAUUUUGACAUCCUCUGUGAUCUAUUACUGAACAGACGCACAGCAACUUGGAAUCUAUUUGUUUUAUAUAAUAAAGAAUUUUAAAAAAAUUUUAAUGAUGACGUCAUCUAUUCGUCUGUCCUCCAAUAGAUCAUAAGUGAGAACCAAUCAGAAUUCGUGCAUAACUGAGCUUAUUAUAUAAACUCUCAUAGAGCACGCUAUUUCAACCAAUCAGACCGCGCGUUAUAUCGAAAAUUUCUUAUAGAUAUGUUUUAAAGUAGUUAUACCACACGACGUUUAACCAUAAUGCUUGUCUUACAAGGUUCAUUUUUUGAUGGAGCCAUUUUGCGUGGUAUUGAAACGCACCCUGUCGUCCUCUCAUCCACUUCAUCAAAUUUUAAAGUAUCACUGCAGGGACGUGACAGUCCCAAAUACCAUUGGUGCUCCAAAACUUGUUGGCGAAGGAGAGUUUAUGGAUCAGCUGUUUGCAUUUGGAAAUAAUGGAACCACCCGACUUCUUAGAGAAGCACAUAAAUUAAGCACAUGGGAUGUCACAGAUUUUAGAAACGAAAUAAAGGUAUGUGAUGCGUCGGUUUUCCCCCUUAACGUUUCAACCUAUAAAAAUUCAAAACAUUUCGGUCAACCAAAACACUUUUUCAGGCUUAAAAGACAUAUAAAUGUAUUCCUAUUGACCACAAUAUUCAGACUAUAUAUUCGCAUGAAGAAUAGACAGUCAACCCUUUUCUCCAACAAAAGAGCCUAAGCAGAAGAAAAAAUUGAACUCAUAUAUUUUCAUGCAGUCCUUUAAUAAACUUGUACCUAAUACUUCUUUUCUUUUCCCCUUUUUAUCAAGCCUUCUUCUGCCGCCCCUUUUUGUUCACAUUCGGUUACACACAUGUACGUUGGAGCCUUAAAUCAUACCAAAUGAAUACGACAUCUUCGAUCGAGUAUUUUACUCGAAAAGCGUUCACAGAUAAUGUACUACACGUCUCAAAUCAAAAUGCAAGUUGAAACGGUGAUCCAUAUAUAGUACUCCAGUCUCCAUUAUUUCUAAUGGCGUCUUUGACAUGAUGACCUUACCUGAAUUAUUGUUUAAAAGGAAGGAAAGAACUGCAGCGACAUAAAUAGAACAAAAAUGAAUUCUGUUUUAUUUAACUAUAACUCGAGCAUAGCAAGAAUAGUCUGUACGAAUAGGCCUACGAACCCGGUGCAUGCGCUUGCAAAGUAAUUUUAAAAGGAGCAAUUUUGUGGAAACACAUAGCUUGGAAAUUGAGUAUGUUGUGCUGUAAUACAUUUACAAUCAAGUGUGGACUUUUUCAUUUCUUUUGGAUGAAUAGAAACGCGGAGUCGAUGACAAGAAGCUUCUUCCGUACUAUCCUUACCGUGAUGAUGGAGAGCAAAUUUUGAAAAUUAUCGAAAAUAUGGUGAAGGGUUACGUCGACUUGUAAGUAUUACUUCACGGGAAAAUACUGGAAAAAAUUGUAGCUCUGAACUAACUCCUAGUUAUCAAGACCAACUCACUAAGAACACUAGUUAGUUAAAUAAUGUUAGCCCAUCUACCUUGGGUGUUGGGAUAACAGCAACAACACAGUUCCGCCGAAAAGGGCUAAACCUCGUGACACCAGCUUUCCUAAGCUCGCCAUGGCAGUUCACGUCGACUAUUUUAAAACUAUAUAUUUUACAUGCCUGUCGACGCAGCACUGCAGCGCCUUAAAAAGUUAGCUUUCUAAGGUAUUUUUAUACCGAGUAUGAUUCUUGCGUUAGAGUGAUGCUGUGUCCGAUGUCCAAUGUCCCCAAUGAGUAGUCAAACCUUAGACCUUCUGAUUUCUGGUCGAGUGCACAACCAGAGAGCAACAGAUAGCUCGUGGCAGGAUAUGCCUUUGUGUACUAGGUACAGGUUUAAAACACUAACUUUGGACUCUCCUUUAGAAGGUAAUGUUUGUAGUUGCAAAAGCAGCCAGGGCGUCGAUGAUGACUUCUAGUCUUGGCAUACAAUCAUUCCAUCUAUGUAUAUCCAAUUUAGUGGUGAUUUUUUCAAUUGUCUCCACAAAAAAGCACUAAUUGUAACUUAGAAAACACCUUGUAGGGAAUGUCAGUAAACGUUUUGCAUUGUACUGUUUUCUCAGGUAUUAUUACGGCAAUGAGGAUGUUAAAAAGGAUUAUGAGUUUGGAUCAUUCCUCCGUGAAUUGUCUAUUCAUUCAUUUCCGAUUUUUACGGCGGCUAUGGGAAAGUAAGUGUAAAAAAGUCUGAUUGUUAUAGUGGUUUGUUUUUGCUGUCUUUGGUUUUAUAUAUCUACAAUUCGUCUGCUUAAAUAUCUUGAUCUUCGACCAGUGAUGGAGGGAUAUAUGGCGUGCACUGUGUAACUUCGAGUACCUGCUGUUGUCAGCUUAGUUUUUGGCGUCUGAAUCAUCGAUUAUAGUAACGUUACCGUCUUAGGCCGACGGACGUCCAUUCCUCUCCCAAGGGUUUUCUUUAUAGAUAACAUUGUGUUACAUUUAACAUUUUUAAAUCAUUAAAACUUAAAUAGAUAGCCUGUGAUGAGGCACAACUGUAAACAUUCUGGGUUACGGCGAUGCUGGGGCGAGGCGUUAUCGAAGACGGUCGCCAUGUUGGAAUUUUCCGAAAAGAUACAGAUUCUAUUAAAGCAAAAGAAUUUGGCCCGAUGCGACCUUGUUUAACGAUUUGUUUCCUUUUAACACAUUUUCCAACUAACUUAGAAAACGAAAACAAAACACAAAACAAACAGACAAAACAAACUUAAUACUGGACAUCAAUCACUUAAACACUGAAAUCCGUUAUAAGUUCGCAAUGCUAUAUAAAAUGCUUUAUUCUGCGUUUUAACAGAUCAAAGGAUUACCCUCAAAGAUUGCGACUAAAGAUGAGCUCUGUGACAUUGUGACCCGCAUUAUCUCACAACUGAGCGUCCAACACGCUGCUGUAAACUAUCCCCUGACAGACUAUGGUCUGUACACUCCCAACCUACCAACCAAACUGUACAACGAUACCAGGGUGAAGGAAGGCGAAUACUCUGUACUACGUCUGCCAAACAGAAACACUUCCUCUGUAAGUUGUGCGACCAUAUUGAACACCUAUACGCUGGAUAUGGCAUGAUCACAGGUUUAAUCAUGUGAAUUUAGCUUGUGCCGUUUGAGAAAUUUUCAACUGAGUGUCGAAAGUAAUCCGAGAUUGCAUUGGUUUUGCUUUUACUGUGUGCUGUGAUUGGUCUAGAAAACUCGUGCCACCCUCUCAGCCAAUCAGAUGCAAAACUAAAAAAAAUCGCGACUUGGUCACUCGUACGUUUGAAUUUCGUGAGUCUGGACUAAAUCAUUAUUUAGUUUGAAUUUCGUGAGUCUGGACUAAAUCAUUAUUUAGUUUGAAUUUCGUGAGUCUGGACUAAAUCAUUAUUUAGCUCCUUCCUUGACCUCCCCCAACACAAUGUACUCAGGGGUAUAUUGGAAAUGCAUUGUACACAACGUUUUUCCAAACAGACAAAAUGAAUAAGGUGGAAGGGGAGAACGUGUCUGUUACAGUUUAUGAGCUCUCUACGGUAGUGUAAACAUCUGCUUCGAGGGGCAAUUUUCCUUCAGGGUAUUUUUGGCGUUUCUGUUUUCCUUAGACAUUCUGUUCAUACGUAGUGAUGUGACUCUGUCGGAAUGUACGCCAGUUAUGGCUGUGGCACGCCGAGCUGCCGUCAGUCAGUGGCUGAUUUAGAAAUUUACCCAAGGAACCAGAUAGGCAAACAGUGUUUAAACCUACACGCCCGUCAAUCAUGCAUUGGGAGUCAGCAAUUAACACCUAUCUCAGGCAGUCAGUAAACGCAAUCAACCUUUAUGCCAGUCGGUUAGUCAGGCAGGCACUCCGGUAGCAAAUAAUUUAUUGAAUUAGUGCGUUCGUACUCCACUGAUUUAAAAAGCCAUGAUACACUUGAUAGAAAGACGGUGAGUAGAACAUUGAUUAAGUUUGAACAUCAGAUAGUCAAAACUAAUUUUUUUUCUAUUUUCACUCCACAGAUCGAAGCCAGCUUUAGUAACGCGCUUUCGCUGUUCCGCUUUGACUCCUUGUUUGACUACGGCAACGAACUUCUUGAUCCUCAGGCCAUCAAACUCGUCAAUGGUUAUUACACUUACCUCAUGAAUGUUAUUCAGCCUCACAUGCAAGAAAAGAACCGAAAGAGGAAGGAAGAUAAUUAUUUGACCUAUCCGUACUUGAUUCCGAGAUGGCUGCCAAAUGGAGUUCAAACCUGA